CACAAUAUCUUACAGAAAGGGAAAGUCUCUAAUUGCUGGCAAAUUAGCUACCACUCUAGUCUUACCAUCACCAUUUCCACCAAGAUAUAAAUACUAAAUCCUUCAAGCUAGACAGAUGGGAAAAUCUAGUUGCUAUGCAGCGGCGUCAGGGAUAAAGAGAGGUCCAUGGACUCCUGAGGAGGACAGAAAGCUUUUAGCGUACAUUCAACUACACGGCCAUGGAAGCUGGCGUUCCUUGCCCCAGAAAGCUGGUCUCAAAAGAUGCGGGAAGAGCUGUAGGCUAAGGUGGAGAAACUACCUCAGACCUGAUAUUAAGAGGGGAAAUUUCAGCUUGCAUGAAGACCAAACCAUCAUUCAACUCCAUGCACUUCUUGGCAACAGGUGGUCGGCCAUAGCUGCCCAUUUGCCAAGGAGAACAGACAACGAGGUCAAGAACUAUUGGAACACGCAUCUGAAGAAAAGGUUGGCAAAGAUAGGGUUUGACCCUGUAACCCACAAGCCCAAGGCUGCCAUUCUUGGCUCUGCAAAUGGCGACCCCAAAAACUGGUCAAAUCUCAGCCACAUUGCUCAAUGGGAAAGUGCCAGGCUUCAAGCCGAAGCAAGAUUUGUCAAAGAAUCCAAACUGCGUAUGCUUGAAUCUGCGCCAGCGCCGUCGCUUUCCGAUGAACAUCAUCAGUUUGCUCCACCACUAGUUCCACAGUGCCUUGACAUACUACGAGCAUCCGCAUGGGAAAGCCUAAUAUCCAUGUCAAGGUCAUCGUCCAGAUCGGCUGCCCUAACCAAUAUGAACGGCCAGGGUAAUGUUUCAUUUGGUGAUCAUCAUCAUGUUAAUGAUCAUGGUAUUAAUAUGAACGCCCAAGAUUAUGGCUCUAAUUUUGAGGCUCCAACAUCUGAUCAACAAUUAUCAAGCCUGAUGGGAUAUGACGAUGCAGCGCUCAUGUCAUCAGUAGCCACUGGAUCGAUGAAUAUUAAUGAACUUUUCGGUGAAUACUGUGGUGAUGAAUGCAGUGAAUUAUUGCCGGCACUCCACCACGAUACUGGGUUUGAAUUUGGGGAUGCUUGGACUAGUUUGGAACAAUUAAUGUAAGAAGCAGUGAUCGACAUCAUGACGACGUGAACGAUCAGUAGUCAGAUUUUAACUUGACGGAGGGGUUAAUAAACGUGUAUAUCAUGUUAUGGUUAUUUCUUAUGAAUAAUUCUCCACCAGUA